CUUUUCAAAAAGUUCGAUUUGGAUUUCUUAAGUAUACCAACAUAUGCACUGGGUCAAUCGAAGUAUAAUCCAGUUGAAAAAGGCAUGACAACAUUGUCUGGUAAGCUCACUAAAAUCACCUUACCAAUUGAUUAUUUCGGUAUGCAUUUGAAUACACAAGAAAAAGUUAUUAAUCCAGAAUUGGCCGCUCAAAAUUUUCACCAUUUAGGAGAAACCCUUU